AUGGGCAAAGUGUGGAAACAGCAGAUGUACCCUCAGUACGCCACCUACUACUACCCCCAGUAUCUGCAGGCGAAGCAGUCUCUGGUGCCAGCCCACCCCAUGGCCCCUCCCAGCCCCAGCACCACCAGCAGUAAUAACAACAGCAGCAGCAGCAGCAACUCUGGAUGGGAUCAGCUAAGCAAAACGAAUCUCUAUAUCCGAGGACUGCCUCCCAACACCACGGACCAGGAUCUGGUGAAGCUGUGUCAGCCAUAUGGGAAAAUAGUUUCCACGAAGGCAAUUUUGGAUAAGACAACGAACAAAUGCAAAGGUUACGGUUUUGUUGACUUUGACAGUCCUGCCGCUGCCCAGAAAGCUGUGUCCGCCCUGAAGGCUAGUGGGGUUCAAGCUCAAAUGGCAAAGCAACAAGAACAAGAUCCUACCAACCUAUAUAUUUCUAAUUUGCCACUGUCCAUGGAUGAGCAGGAGCUUGAAAACAUGCUGAAACCAUUUGGACAAGUUAUUUCUACAAGGAUACUACGUGAUUCCAGUGGUACAAGUCGUGGCGUUGGCUUUGCUAGGAUGGAAUCAACAGAAAAGUGUGAAGCCGUUAUUGGUCAUUUUAACGGGAAGUUCAUUAAGACACCACCCGGAGUUUCUGCUCCAACAGAACCUUUGUUGUGUAAGUUUGCGGAUGGAGGACAGAAGAAGAGACAGAACCCCAACAAAUACAUCCCCAAUGGAAGACCAUGGCAUAGAGAAGGAGAGGUGAGACUUGCUGGAAUGACACUCACUUACGACCCAACCACAGCUGCUAUACAGAACGGAUUUUACCCUUCACCAUACAGUAUUGCUGCAAACAGAAUGAUCACCCAAGCUUCUCUCGCACCCUAUCUUGCAUCUCCUGUAUCUGCCUACCAGGUGCAAAGUCCUUCUUGGAUGCAACCUCAACCGUAUAUCCUACAGCACCCGGGUGCCGUGUUAACUCCCUCAAUGGAGCACGCCAUGUCACUACAGCCCACAUCUAUGAUCAACCCUCUGGCCCAGCAGAUGAGUCAUCUGUCACUAGGAAACACCGGAACAUACAUGCCUGCAACAUCAGCUAUGCAAGGAGCCUAUUUGCCACAGUACACACACGUGCAGACGACGGCAGUUCCUGUUGAGGAGGCGAGUGGUCAGCAGCAGGUGGCUGUAGAGACGUCUAAUGACCAUUCUCCAUAUACCUUUCAACCCAAUAAGUAA